UAAUAAUAUCGUCCAGCUUAAAAGGUUUUACUUAACAUUUAGAUCAGUUUUCGCGGAGAGCUAAACACAAUAAAAUGAAUAAAAAAGUUCUCGCUGCCUUCGUUUUAAGUACAUUUUUGAUCAGAGAAGUACUAAGUCAUCUAAAAUAUGUAAAAAUCAUUUUAGCAAACUUUAUUUUUAGGUCCAUUCGCUAGUUGAGUUUACAAACAUCAAGUGUGAGUCUGUCGAUAAAGAUUUUAUGAACUUCGAGUAUUGUCGUUUGAAAUCUGUGAACAGAACCUACAAAUACUUUUCCUUAAAAGCCAAUCUCUAUCAAAUUCCGGUGACCAAAGUAACGGUGAAUCCGGCGCUCUAUAAACGUUUUAGUGGCUAUCGGCCUUUCCUAUAUAAUAUAACGAUUGAUGCCUGCAAAUUCCUCGCUAAUCCAAGAACCAAUCCCGUUAUUGGUUACUUACACGACUUCAUAAGUGGCAGGUCAAAUAUAAACCACUCCUGUCCCUACGACCAUGACAUUGUGCUGGAUAGGAUAACAACAGAUUUUACAAAUCACAGAUUAACCAAAAUCCUGCCUUUUCCGGAAGGAGACUAUAUGGUUAAAGUGAGGUGGAUGGCGUAUGACAUGACCCGAGCUGUGUUUCAACUGUAUUUUUCCCUGUCGUAGAAAUUUGUGAAUGUUUAUUUAAUAACAUAAUUAAGUAAGUGUA